AUGGCGGAGUCGCUAGACGAAAGUGAUCAUUUACUGGUCCUAGAAGACUAUUUUGACGAUGAAGAACUUGAUAUAUCGUUCAGCAACAUGUCUAUCGACGGUAAGUCUCAAUUUUCAAGAUUUUAUAGUGUUUGAUAUGUGAUGAGACAGCUAUGCACGUGUAUUUUUAUUCAAACUCCCAGGUUUAUUCAAACAUACGGCAUAAUUUUUCAAUAUAGAUGUUCCUCCGCGAUCAAGUACACCAAAAGAAUGCGUUUUACAGGAGCCAAACGUAGAGGAAAGUCCGAUUGGGGAAAAGCACCACCUCACACCUUCUUCAAAGCAAUCUUUGCCUAAACCAAAGCGAUUCAACGUUGGUAUGUACAGUAAUAUUGUUUUUACUGUAACAUAAUAUUUAUAUUGCGCAAAUUAACAUGUAGUCAAAUUGACUAAAUAUUUUGGUUUUAUAUUACAAGUACUUCCUUGUUUACAAAAGUUUUUGAACUCUGUAGGUGGAAAACCAUCUGGAUAUGAAGUCACAUGUCGAAAAAAAGAUUUGGAGAUGCUGUUAAAGCAAUCAUUUGAGUUGAAGGAAGGAUCUGAAAUAACUGUGGAAUCUUUACUUUCAUGGUUGGGUUUUGAACAUGAUAAAAAAGUCCUUUUAUCACGGCAUAUAAAAGAUUUUUUUCCAGGUGUUUACACGAGGCGUGUAAACAAAGGUGGACAUGAACAGUAUCCUUUCUAUUAUUCUGUAUAG